GAUAGAGAGCGCGGCGCAUUAUCCUCACGAGUCGCAAGCGAUUCCAAGCUGGGAGAGCUCUCUUAAUAGGCGUGAGUCGCCAUCUACCCGCAACCAGAACACAAUCUCAACGAAAUAUUUGUGGAUGGAAACGAUGGUGUCCCGGCGCCGAACUUCCCUCCCAAUUAAUCAAUCCACGAAGAAGAAAACGCAAAGAAAACUCCACCCCUCUUCUUUCCUCUCCGCAGUCCCAAAGAUUUUCUUCUUCUUCUGGUACUUCUUCUCGGUGAUUGCAGUGAUCUUGGAUUCGGACUGAUCUCUCAUUGGUUUGGAUCGGAUUUGGGAUCCGAUGCUGGCGGCCUGCGGGGGCCGCGGCCCCCUGAAGCUUGCGAUUCUUCCCGGCGAAAGGAGCCGGUGCGGCAGCCGCGGCGGCGGAGGUGUCGAGGGUUUUCUUGUGUUGAAGGGAAGGUGGCGGUGGAGGAGAGCGGGGCGGGGAGCGGUGGAUGGGGAGGCGCGGAGGUCUGUUGUUGUUGCGGGAGCCGGGCUCUCCGAUUUCUUCUCCUCUCGGAUCGGUUUAGAUUCUCACACCUUCCAGACUAAGGAUAUGUCUCAACUGUUAUGGGUUGGUCCUGUUCCUGGUGAUAUUGCAGAAGUUGAGGCGUAUUGUAGGAUCUUUAGGGCUGCAGAGCAACUUCAUACUGCUAUAAUGGAUACUCUUUGCAACCCAGAGACUGGAGAAUGUACUGUUACCUAUGAUACCCCUUCUGAGGAUAUGUCAUUAUUGGAAGAGAAGGUGGUUGCAAUACUUGGCUGCAUGUUAGCACUCCUAAACAAGGGCAGAGAAGAUGUCCUUUCUGGAAGGUCUUCUUUCAUGAAUUCAUUUCAGACUGCUGAUGUAAAUAUUUUAGAUGGUAAGCUUCCUCCACUAGCUAUUUUUAGAGGUGAGAUGAAGAGGUGCUGUGAGAGUCUGCAAGUUGCACUUGCAAACUAUUUGACGCCCUCAGACAACCGCAGCAUUAUCAUUUGGAGGCGAUUGCAGAGGUUGAAGAAUGUCUGCUAUGAUGCUGGAUUUUCACGUGAGGAUGGCUGUCCAUGUCCAACAAUAUUUGCAAAUUGGAGUCCAGUCUACUUUUCCUCUACAAAACAAUAUGCAAUGCUGGAAGACUCCGAAGUAGCAUUCUGGAGGGGAGGUCAAGUAAACGAUGAAGGUCUGGCCUGGUUACUGGAUAGAGGAUAUAAAACUAUUGUAGAUCUCAGGGAGGAGGCUGUCAAAGAUGAAUAUUACCAGUCAGCUAUUGAUCAAGCUGUUUCAUACGGAAAGAUAGAAGUGGUAAAUUUGCCAGUUGAAGUUGGAACUGCACCUUCAAUGCAACGGGUUGAGUUGUUUGCUUCAUUGGUUUCGGAUCCCAACAGAAGGCCAAUUUAUCUCCAUAGUCAGGAAGGAGUUAAUAGAACAUCUGCCAUGGUUUCAAGAUGGAGGCAGUACAUUACACGACCCUCAAUGCAACUUGUUCCAAAUCAAUCACUUGAUCUUAAUGGAAAAUCAUUGAAAUAUGGCAAGGGUGAGGAGUAUCAAAGCAUGCAGAGUUUUGUCCCAUUAAAUUUAAACGGCGGUUUUCUUGUAGAAGAUAAAACUGAUUCACAGUCUGACUCAGAUACAACUUGUAGCUUUCAUGGAACAAACAGAGAAAAGGGCAUUGCGGCUGUGCAAAAUAACAACGAGAAUGGAGAGGAUGCUUCCAGGCUUGCCUCUGCACAUAAUACUGUAGCUCACCAUGAGAAAACUGAAGAUGUUGAGGCAAAAAAUGUCUUGAAUUUCUCUGUGGAUUGUGAUCCAUUCAAGGCACAAUUUCCUACAUGCAAUUUUUUCUCCAAGAAAGAAAUGUCUCAGUUUUUCAAAAGUAGAGAAAUUUCUCCUAAGACUUACCUUAAUUCUCAGAAGAAAAGAUUUGUAGUAUUUGCUAUCUCAGGAGAGAUGCACAAAUCGUCUGUCCAGAGCAAUGGAGUCCUUACAGAUUCCCUGUCAACAGGGCGGAUGAAAUUCAGAAAUUCAAAUGGGAGACCUACUGAUGUGGAUAACGUUACUGGUGAUAUUAUUGGAAAAUCUGUCAGCAGCAAAAAUUCUUCUUCUUACAUUCUGAAUGGGAAUGGGUAUCUUGGUGGGAAAAGUUACAGCAUUGCUGUUGAUCCCAAGAUUUCAAGAACUAAUGUUAGCAAUAACUUCAGUAGGGAAGUUUUAUCUACUGCUGUAAGAGAAAAUGUGAGCAAGAAUUCUAAAAGUUCUAUUGAUUCAGAUGGUGAUGUGGAUCUUGUCGAGGGUAAUAUGUGUGCUUCCACAACUGGUGUUGUCAGAGUUCAAUCAAGAAGGAAAGCAGAGAUGUAUUUAGUUCGUACUGAUGGCUUUUCUUGCACCAGAGAAAAGGUCACUGAAUCCUCAUUGGCUUUCACACAUCCAACCACCCAGCAACAGAUGCUCAUGUGGAAGUCUCCACCAAAGACUGUAUUGCUAUUGAAAAAGUUAGGGCCAGAGCUUAUGGAAGAAGCAAAGGAGGUUGCAUCCUUCCUGUACUAUCAGGAAAAAAUGAAUGUUCUUGUGGAACCUGAUGUCCAUGAUGUAUUUGCAAGGAUCCCAGGUUUUGGCUUUGUCCAGACCUUCUAUAGUCAAGAUACCAGUGACCUCCAUGAGAGAGUUGAUUUUGUGGCAUGUUUGGGUGGUGAUGGCGUGAUUCUGCAUGCAUCAAACUUAUUCAGAGGAGCGGUUCCUCCUGUGGUCUCUUUCAAUCUUGGAUCUCUUGGAUUUCUUACCUCACAUACUUUUAAAGAUUACAGAGACGAUUUAAUGGCAGUUAUCCAUGGAAACAAUUCACUGGAUGGAGUCUAUAUAACUCUUAGAAUGCGCUUGCGAUGUGAAAUUUUUCGCAAUGGAAAAGCAAUGCCUGGAAAAGUAUUUGAUAUUUUGAACGAAGUCGUUGUUGAUCGUGGUUCCAACCCUUAUCUUUCCAAAAUUGAAUGUUAUGAACAUGACCGCCUUAUAACUAAAGUGCAAGGCGAUGGGGUAAUAGUAGCCACUCCUACUGGCAGCACGGCUUACUCAACAGCUGCGGGAGGCUCAAUGGUGCACCCAAAUGUUCCAUGCAUGCUCUUUACUCCAAUCUGCCCACAUUCUCUAUCAUUCAGGCCUGUCAUACUUCCUGAUUCUGCAAAGCUUGAGCUUAAGAUUCCAGAGGACACAAGAAGUAACGCAUGGGUAUCUUUUGAUGGCAAGAGGAGGCAGCAGCUCUCUAGAGGAGAUUCUGUUCGCAUUUAUAUGAGUCAGCACCCACUCCCAACUGUGAAUAAAUCUGAUCAGACUGGUGACUGGUUCCGUAGCUUGAUUAGGUGCUUAAAUUGGAAUGAGAGACUGGAUCAGAAGGCACUAUGAUGGUGCAGGCACAGGUGGUCUCCAGCACUGUACAUAUCUGUAUGUAGUCUUAGAAAUUACAAACAGCAGUUGAGUAAGCCAUCGGUUAACCCGGUUGUUGACCAAAAUGUGUACGGGGACUUUAAUCAAUUUUAAAGGCAUAAUACAACCAAAAAAUAUACUCCUCUAAAUACAA